GGCAGGAAAGCGUUACUUGGUGACGGUAGCUGGGCGGAGCAGCACGUGUCUUUUGGCACCCAUCCAAACACCCUAACUGGAAGCUCGAGAAGAACUCUGAUCAGAGGGGCGUGCUUCUGCAGCUGUACUGUGAGGGUACCUGAGAGCAUUCCAAGCUAGAGGGCUGGAAGCAAUACAGCAGUAGAUGGAAAUCUGCUCUGACAACAUGUUCUUGCUGAACUGGUGGAGCAUCCACAACCUGUGGCUGUCACAGACGAUGGGAACAGCGUCGGAGAAAAGCUGCCAUUCAGCGUACCAGCUGCUGAGUGGACUUGGAAUUCCAGCCUUGGAUCAGGCAUCUUCGCCACAGCGCCAGCAGCCACCACCGGCCGCCAGCAGUUUCCCCUCCAUCGAGGACGAGGAAGCGCGCCACGCUCCUCUGAAUGACGUCACUGGAGGAACCUCACCUGCCAGCAGCGAAGUCCGCGCCACCAUCUCCAUAUUCCACGAGCCAAUCCCGAGAGAUGAUGCCAACCUCUCAGCGUAUCUGUCUCGAAAAACGUCAGUGGACACAAGCUCUGAUAACAUUGCUCCACAAGCGGAGCCCUCCUUUCAGAAUACAACAGCUCACGGGAGGCAGCCAUAUGCUUUUCCUUCCACCUCAUCUUUUGGUCCAUAUGGACCACACGGUAGCCACCAGUCUUUGGGAUUUUCAGUGCGGCCACGCCCAGCGUCUCAUAACGCGGUCGGCGAUGUUUCAGAUAACUGUCCAGAAUAUGAGGGGUCAACUGACCCGCCUAAGGCCAACCACGAUGUACCAAGCCACACAGACUCAGACUCUGAGCUUGACGAUUCUGACGACGGCGACGGCGACGGCGACACCCCUGUGCAGCCAUCUAAGCAGGGACGGCCUGACUCACCCAUCCGACGUCCGACCUACACUCAUUUGUCGGACGUUUCUAAUGAUUCAGUAGAUGAUUCAGAUGGGAAAAAACAAGCAACAGCUUCACACCCUAAACCUUGGAAACGGAUUGAGAAUGCAUAUGUACAAGCCUUACCUCCUUACAGCUCUUUUCUUGCAAGUCAGCUCCUCCUCAUAAAUGGCAGACCCGGUACCAUUUCUGCUGCAAUGGUGGAAGAGUACCUUUUCAAUAUAUUGAUUCAGGCACUGCCGAAGACCAGGUUGUUGAAACUCUUGUCGAAAUGGCAGGCUCGGCUAAGUGACAAUAUUCCGAAUUUUAAAACGGAAAAGGCUUCAUUCCGUGGGCAUCAUGUCCCGAACGCCACACAGAACUCUGUCACGCAACAGUUCGGAAACAUCAAUGUAGACAGAGGGCAAUCUAUGGACAGAGAAGCAACUCGCAAUAAACAGCAUCACAGAAGUUACAACAAUGAAUAUGAAAUGGUUGAUCCUACUCCUGAUGACGAGAAGAAAGUGGCAGGAGCCCAGGAGGAAAAGCAGCAGGUAGGUGAGCAGUCGUCACCGCUUGGGGAGCAGCAAUUUCAGCAGAAUUCCAUCAUCCAGCCACACAUCGAGCAGAUGCAGCCUGGAGAUCCUCCAGCGAUGCAUUCGCUACCAGAAGAUCCUCCACCAAUGGGCGCUGAGGCUUGCACACCUGCUGUCCAGCUGCCAGCCCCGCUGGCACAGGAGUUUGUGUUACCAAUUCUUCUCAAUGAAGCAGGUAUGCAGUCAGCCGCAUUGUCAGAAGAGGCAGCCGUAGCACUCUCACCACAGUCUCCCAUGCAGCUCUGUUCACCCCAAUCAUUCUCCCAUGUCCAGGACUGCACCACAGAGGAACCAGCUGAAAAUCGACCAGGGCCUGUGGCUCCAUCUGCAGAGCUUGUGUCAGGACUCCCUGCAGAGCUGUUAUCUUCCUCACAUGAUCAUCCCAUGGAGCCAAUUUUUGUGGCUGAACCAUCUGCGCUGCUGCCAGCUUCUGUAGCUGAACAUCCAUCCCCAAUGGAAUCAGAGCCCGAGCCAUCUGCGCUGCUCCCAGCAUCUCUGCCUGAACAUUCACCCCCAAUGGAAUCAGAGCCACUACUGGGGACAUCUCAAAGCGUGGUAGCGCCCUCCUCCUGCCAGGUCCCUGCAGAACAAGAUGCACGCAAAGCACGUACCGGGUUCUUCGAGAGGAGGAGCAGGGAACCGUGGGACCACAAAGGACUUUUUAGCUUUGUGGCGCGCCACGCUUUUACCUUACCUCAACAUGUGUGGGCUGAACGUAAAGAGGGGCAGCCCAGGCGAAGUAUGCGCAUUGCAAUGAAGAAACAAGUCAACACCUAUUUCCCACGUGAGAGACUGUCUUGAAAGUCAGCAUCUAAUAAGAGAAUUGGCUCGUGCUGAACUAGCAUGGGCGCAGAAAUCUGAAAUAAUAUCUUUGUCUGUAGCAUAUAAACGAGGUAAUAUGUGUGUUUUGAUGAGGAGGUGUAAACAUUUAUUGAGGAAGCUGAAGGUAUUUAUACUUAAUGUUUCUAGUUCAGUGGUGGAUAGGUAAAUGUGUAAUAGCCAUAAUAUAU